GGCGGGCGGGGACUCUCGCUUCCCCAGGCGCUGGGCUGGGGCUCGCGGGAGCCGGCCGUCUGGGCGCCUGCCCUUCUCCUCCUCUUCUUCCCGGUCCUCCUUCCACGAGGCUGCUCCGUGGAAACUGAAUGCGAGCGGGGCGCGCGGCGGCGGCGUUGGCGGCAUGGAGCGCGGAGUCCCGGCGCCGCGGACCCUGGUCCUCGUCCUCGUCCUCGUCCUGGCCGGGCUGCUCGGUCCCUCGCUGCUGAGGGCGCGCGCCGCGGCGGCCGGCUACUACCCCCGCUUCUCGCCCUUCUUUUUCCUGUGCACCCACCACGGGGAGCUGGAAGGGGAUGGGGAGCAGGGCGAGGUACUCAUUUCCCUGCACAUUGCGGGCAACCCCACUUACUACGUACCGGGACACGAAUACCAUGUGACAAUUUCAACAAGCACCUUCUUUGAUGGCUUGCUGGUGACAGGACUGUAUACCUCUACAAGCGUCCAGUCUUCACAGAGCAUCGGAGGUUCCAAUGCUUUUGGAUUUGGGAUCAUGUCUGACCAUCAGUUUGGUAACCAGUUCAUGUGCAGUGUGGUGGCCUCUCAUGUGAGUCACUUGCCCACAACCAACCUCAGCUUCGUCUGGAUUGCUCCACCAGCUGGUACCGGCUGUGUGAAUUUCAUGGCUACAGCAACACACAGGGGCCAGGUUAUUUUCAAAGACGCAUUAGCCCAGCAGUUGUGUGAGCAAGGAGCCCCAACAGAGGCCACUACACACCCACAUCUAGCUGAAGUACACAGUGACAGCAUCAUUUUACGAGAUGACUUUGACUCCUACCAUCAACUGGAAUUAAAUCCAAAUAUAUGGGUUGAAUGUAGCAACUGUGAGACUGGAGAACAGUGCGGUGUGAUUAUGCACGGCAACGCUGUCACCUUCUGUGAACCAUAUGGCCCCCGAGAACUGACUACCACAGGCCUAAAUACAACAACAGCGUCUGUCCUUCAAUUUUCCAUUGGUUCGGGUUCCUGUCGCUUUAGUUAUUCUGACCCCAGCAUCAUCGUGUCAUAUGCCAAGAACAACACUGCAGACUGGAAUCAGCUCGAGAAAAUCAGAGCCCCGUCCAACAUCAGCACCGUUAUCCACAUCCUCUACCUUCCUGAGGACGCCAAGGGAGAAAAUGUGCAGUUCCGGUGGAAGCAGGAGAGUCUCCAUGCAGAGGAGGCCUACGAAGCCUGCUGGGCCUUGGAUAACAUCCUGGUCAUCAAUUCAGCCCACAGACAAGUCAUCUUAGAAGACAGUCUGGACCCAGUGGACACAGGCAACUGGCUCUUCUUCCCAGGAGCAACCAUCAAGCAUAGCUGUCAGUCAGAUGGGAACUCCAUUUAUUUCCAUGGAAAUGAAGGCAGUGAGUUCAAUUUUGCCACCACCCGGGACGUAGAUCUCUCUACAGAGGAUAUUCAAGAGCAAUGGUCAGAAGAAUUUGAGAGCCAGCCUACAGGGUGGGACAUCUUGGGAGCCGUUAUUGGUACAGAAUGUGGAACAAUAGAAUCGGGCUUAUCAAUGGUCUUCCUCAAAGAUGGAGAGAGAAAAUUAUGCACUCCCUACAUGGACACAACUGGUUAUGGGAACCUGAGGUUUUACUUUGUUAUGGGAGGAAUUUGUGACCCUGGAGACUCUCAUGAAAAUGACAUUAGCUUAUAUGCAAAGCUUGAAGGAAGAAAAGAACACAUUGCUCUGGACACUCUUUCAUAUUCUUCAUACAAGGUUCCAUCUUUGCUGUCUGUGGUCAUCAACCCUGAACUUCAGACCCCCGCCACCAAAUUUUGCCUUAGGCAAAAGAACCACCAAGGCCCUAAUCGGAAUGUCUGGGCUGUAGACUUCUUCCACGUCUUGCCGGUUCUGCCCUCCACAAUGUCUCAUAUGACACAGUUUUCUAUUAAUCUGGGAUGUGGAACGCAUCAACCUGGCAACAGUGUCGGCUUGGAGUUUUCUACCAACCACGGUCGUUCCUGGUCCCUACUUCACACGGAGUGCUUACCUGAGAUCUGCGCAGGCCCACACCUCCCCCACAGCACCAUCUACUCCUCAGAAAACUACAGUGGGUGGAACCGAAUAACUAUUCCCCUCCCUAAUGCAGCUCUAACACAAGACACCAGGAUCCGCUGGAGACAAAUGGGACCGGUCCUCGGGAACAUGUGGGCGAUUGACAAUGUUUAUAUAGGCCCAUCGUGUCUCAAGUUCUGUUCCGGCCGAGGACAGUGCACUCGACAUGGCUGCAAGUGUGACCCUGGAUUUUCCGGACCAGCAUGUGAGAUGGCCUCCCAGACAUUCCCAAUGUUUAUUUCUGAGAGCUUCGGCAGUUCCAGGCUCUCCUCUUACCAUAACUUUUACUCUAUCCGUGGUGCUGAAGUCAGCUUUGGUUGUGGUGUCUUAGCCAGCGGUAAGGCCCUGGUUUUUAACAAAGAUGGGAGGCGUCAGCUAAUUACAUCCUACCUGGACAGCUCACAAUCCAGGUUUCUCCAGUUCACACUGAGGCUGGGAAGCAAGUCUGUUCUAAGCACAUGCAGAGCCCCUGACCACCCUGGUGAAGGAGUUUUAUUGCAUUAUUCUUAUGAUAAUGGGAUAACUUGGAAACUACUGGAGCACUAUUCAUAUCUCAACUAUCAUGAGCCCAGAAUAAUCUCCGUAGAGUUACCCGAUGAUGCAAGACAGUUUGGAAUCCAGUUCAGAUGGUGGCAGCCCUAUCAUUCUUCCCAGGGAGAAGAUGUAUGGGCCAUUGAUGAGAUCCUCAUGACGUCUGUUCUGUUCAACAGUAUUAGUCUUGACUUUACCAAUCUUGUGGAGGUCACUCAGUCUCUGGGAUUCUACCUGGGGAAUGUUCAGCCGUACUGUGGCCAUGACUGGACGCUCUGCUUUACAGGUGAUUCUAAACUUGCCUCAAGUAUGCGCUACGUAGAAACACAAUCAAUGCAGAUAGGGGCGUCCUAUAUGAUUCAGUUCAGCCUGGUGAUGGGAUGCGGACAGAAAUACACUCCACACAUGGACAACCAGGUGAAACUGGAAUACUCAACCAACCAUGGCCUCACCUGGCACCUUGUCCAAGAAGAAUGCCUUCCAAGUAUGCCAAGUUGUCAGGAGUUUACAUCAGCAAGUAUUUACCAUGCCAGCGAGUUCACGCAGUGGAGAAGAGUCAUCGUACUUCUUCCCCAGAAAACUUGGUCCAGUGCCACCCGCUUCCGUUGGAGUCAGAGCUAUUACACGGCCCAAGAUGAAUGGGCUUUAGACAACAUUUACAUUGGGCAACAGUGCCCCAACAUGUGCAAUGGGCAUGGCUCGUGUGACCAUGGCAUGUGCAGGUGUGACCAGGGAUACCAAGGCACUGAGUGCCACCCAGAAGCGGCGCUUCCUUCUACAGUGAUGUCGGAUUUUGAGAACCAGAAUGGUUGGGAAUCUGACUGGCAAGAAGUUAUUGGGGGAGAAAUUGUGAAGCCAGAGCAAGGCUGUGGGGUGGUCUCCUCCGGAUCCUCCCUGUACUUCAGCAAGGCUGGGAAACGACAGCUGGUGAGCUGGGAUCUGGACACUUCCUGGGUGGACUUUGUCCAGUUCUACAUCCAGAUAGGCGGAGAGCGAGCUGCUUGCAACAAGCCUGACAGCCGAGAAGAGGGUGUCCUCGUCCAGUACAGCAAUAACGGGGGCAUCCAGUGGCACCUGCUGGCAGAGAUGUACUUCUCAGACUUCAGCAAACCCAGGUUUGUCUAUCUGGAGCUUCCGGCGGCCGCGAAGACCCCUUGCACCAGGUUCCGCUGGUGGCAGCCCGUGUUCUCGGGCGAGGACUACGACCAGUGGGCGGUGGAUGACAUCAUCAUUCUGUCUGAGAAGCAGAAGCAAGUUAUCCCCGUGGUGAACCCAACUUUGCCCCAGAACUUUUAUGAGAAGCCAGCUUUUGAUUACCCUAUGAAUCAAAUGAGUGUGUGGCUGAUGUUGGCCAAUGAAGGGAUGGCGAAGAACGAGACCUUCUGUGCGACCACGCCUUCAGCCAUGGUAUUUGGAAAAUCAGAUGGAGACCGAUUCGCAGUGACUCGAGAUUUGACCCUGAAACCAGGAUACGUGCUCCAGUUCAAGUUAAUCAUAGGAUGUGCCAAUCAAUUCAGCAGCAAUGCCCCGGUGCUUCUCCAGUACUCACAUGACGCUGGCAUGACCUGGUUUCUGGUAAAAGAAGGCUGCUUCCCAGCUUCCGUGGGCAAAGGAUGUGAAGGGAACUCCCGAGAACUGAGCGAGCCCACAGUAUAUCACAUUGGGGACUUUGAAGACUGGACAAGAAUCACCAUUGCUAUCCCCAGGUCUCUUGCAGCCAGCAAGACCAGAUUCCGGUGGAUCCAAGAGAGCAGCUCUCAGAAGAAUGUGCCUCCAUUCGGUUUAGACGGAGUGUACAUUUCCGAGCCUUGCCCCAGCUACUGCAGCGGCCACGGGGACUGCAUCUCAGGCGUGUGCUUCUGUGACCUGGGCUACACUGCUGCACAGGGAACCUGUGUGUCCAGUGUCCCUAACCACAGUGAGAUGUUCGAUAGGUUUGAGGGGAAGCUUAGCCCUCUGUGGCACAAGAUAACUGGCGGUCAGGUUGGAACUGGCUGUGGAACUCUGAAUGAUGGCAAGUCCCUCUACUUCAAUGGCCCUGGGAAAAGGGAAGCCAGGACUGUCCCUCUGGACACCAGGAAUAUCAGACUCGUUCAGUUUUAUGUACAAAUUGGAAGCAAAACUUCAGGUAUUACCUGCAUCAAGCCAAGGGCUAGGAAUGAGGGGCUAGUGGUUCAGUACUCAAGUGACAACGGGAUCCUCUGGCACUUGCUUCGAGAGUUGGACUUCAUGUCAUUUCUAGAGCCACAGAUCAUUUCCAUUGACCUGCCACGGGAAGCAAAGACUCCCGCAACAGCUUUUCGAUGGUGGCAACCCCAACACGGGAAGCAUUCAGCCCAGUGGGCUUUGGAUGAUGUCCUUAUAGGGAUGAAUGACAGCUCUCAAACUGGAUUUCAAGAUAAAUUUGAUGGCUCUAUAGAUUUGCAAGCCAACUGGUAUCGAAUCCAAGGAGGCCAAGUUGAUAUUGACUGUCUCUCUAUGGAUACGGCUCUGAUAUUCACUGAAAACAUAGGAAAACCUCGUUAUGCUGAAACCUGGGAUUUUCACGUGUCAGCAUCUACCUUCUUACAGUUUGAAAUGAGUAUGGGCUGCAGCAAGCCCUUCGGCAACGCCCACAGUAUACAGCUGCAGUAUUCUCUGAACAACGGCAAGGACUGGCAUCUUGUCACUGAAGAGUGUGUCCCUCCAACCAUCGGCUGUCUGCACUACACAGAAAGUUCAAUUUACACCUCAGAAAGAUUCCAGAGUUGGAAGCGGAUCACUGUCUACCUUCCCCUCUCCACCAAUUCUCCAAGGACACGGUUCAGAUGGAUCCAGGCCAACUACACCGUGGGAGCAGACUCCUGGGCCAUUGAUAAUGUCGUGCUGGCCUCAGGGUGCCCUUGGAUGUGCUCAGGACGAGGGAUCUGUGAUGCCGGACGCUGUGUGUGUGACCGGGGCUUCGCUGGGCCCUACUGCGUUCCUGUCGCUCCUCUCCCCUCCAUUCUGAAAGAUGACUUCAAUGGGAACUUACACCCUGACCUUUGGCCUGAAGUGUAUGGUGCAGAGAGGGGGAAUCUGAAUGGCGAAACCAUCAAAUCUGGAACGGCUCUCAUUUUUAAAGGGGAAGGGCUAAGGAUGCUUAUUUCAAGAGAUCUAGAUUGUACCAGUACCAUGUAUGUCCAGUUUUCACUUAGAUUUAUAGCAAAAGGCACCCCAGAGAGGUCACACUCUAUUCUACUACAGUUCUCUGUCAAUGGAGGAAUUACUUGGCACCUGAUGGAUGAGUUUUAUUUUCCUCAAACAACCAGCAUACUUUUCAUUAAUGUACCCUUGCCGUACAGUGCCCAAACCAACGCUACAAGAUUCAGACUCUGGCAACCUUACAAUAAUGGUAAGAAAGAGGAGAUCUGGAUUAUUGAUGACUUCAUUAUUGAUGGAAACAAUCUGAACAACCCUGUGGUGCUUAUGGAUACAUUUGACUUCGGGCCCAGAGAAGACAAUUGGUUUUUCUAUCCAGGAGGGAACAUCGGUCUUUACUGCCCGUAUUCGUCAAAGGGAGCUCCUGAGGAAGAUUCAGCUAUGGUGUUUGUUUCGAAUGAAGUUGGUGAGCACUCCAUUACCACCCGUGACCUGAGCGUAAAUGAGAACACCAUCAUCCAAUUUGAGAUCAAUGUCGGAUGCUCCACGGACAGCUCCUCGGCUGAUCCCGUCCGACUGGAGUUCUCCAGGGACUUUGGGGCCACCUGGCACCUGCUGCUCCCCCUCUGCUUCCACAGCAGCAGCCACGUCAGCUCCCUGUGCUCCACGGAGCACCACCCGAGCAGCACCUACUACGCCGGGACCACGCAGGGCUGGAGGAGGGAGGUCGUGCUCUUCGGGAAGCUGCACCUGUGCGGGUCUGUGCGUUUCAGAUGGUACCAGGGAGUCUACCCCGCCAGCUCGCAGCCAGUCACGUGGGCUAUUGAUAAUGUCUACAUCGGUCCCCAAUGUGAAGAGAUGUGUAAUGGGCAUGGGAGUUGCAUCAAUGGAACCAAGUGUAUAUGUGAUCCUGGCUACUCUGGUCCAACCUGUAAAAUAAGCACCAAAAAUCCUGAUUUUCUCAAGGAUGAUUUUGAAGGUCAGCUAGAAUCUGAUAGAUUCCUACUAAUGAGUGGUGGAAAGCCUUCUCGGAAGUGUGGGAUCCUUUCCAGUGGAAAUAACCUCUUUUUCAAUGAAGAUGGCUUGCGCAUGCUUAUGACCCGAGACCUGGAUUUGUCUCAUGCUAGAUUUGUGCAGUUCUUCAUGAGACUGGGCUGUGGCAAAGGCGUUCCAGACCCCAGAAGCCAGCCUGUGCUUCUGCAGUAUUCUCUCAACGGCGGCCUCUCCUGGAGUCUCCUUCAAGAGUUCCUCUUCAGCAACUCCAGCAACGUGGGCAGGUAUAUUGCCCUGGAGAUACCCCUGAAAGCCCGUUCUGGUUCUACUCGCCUCCGCUGGUGGCAGCCCUCUGAAAAUGGGCACUUCUACAGCCCCUGGGUUAUUGACCAGAUUCUUAUCGGAGGAAAUAUUUCUGGCAACACAGUCUUGGAAGAUGAUUUUACAACUCUGGAUAGCAGAAAGUGGUUGCUUCACCCAGGCGGCACUAAGAUGCCCGUGUGCGGCUCUUCCGGUGACGCGCUGGUCUUCAUUGAGAAGGCCAGCACCCGCUACGUGGUCACCACUGACAUUGCCGUGAAUGAGGACUCCUUUCUGCAGAUAGAUUUUGCUGCUUCCUGCUCAGUCACAGACUCUUGCUAUGCUAUUGAGUUGGAAUACUCUGUGGAUCUUGGGCUGUCGUGGCAUCCACUAGUGAGGGACUGUCUGCCUACCAACGUUGAAUGCAGUCGCUAUCACCUGCAGCGGGUCCUGGUGUCCGAUACUUUCAACAAGUGGACAAGAAUCACUCUGCCUCUCCCUCCUUACACCAGGUCUCAAGCCACUCGUUUCCGUUGGCAUCAACCAGCUCCUUUUGACAAGCAGCAAACAUGGGCAAUAGACAACGUCUAUAUCGGGGAUGGCUGCAUAGACAUGUGCAGUGGCCAUGGGAGAUGUGUCCAGGGGAACUGCGUCUGUGACGAGCAGUGGAGAGGCCUGUACUGCGACGAGCCCGAGACCGCCCUUCCAACCCAGCUCAAAGACAACUUCAACCGAGCUCCCUCCAGCCACAACUGGCUCACCGUGAAUGGCGGGAAACUGAGCACCGUGUGUGGCGCCGUGGCUUCGGGACUGGCUCUCCAUUUCAGCGGGGCUUGUAGCCGACUGCUAGUCACUGUGGAUCUGAACCUCACCAGUGCCGAGUUUAUCCAGUUUUACUUCAUGUACGGGUGCCUGAUAACACCAAACAACCGGAACCAAGGGGUUCUCUUGGAAUACUCUGUCGAUGGAGGCAUUACCUGGAGCUUGCUAAUGGAAAUCUUCUAUGACCAGUAUAGUAAACCUGGAUUUGUGAAUAUCCUUCUGCCUCCUGACGCUAAAGAGAUCGCUACUCGCUUCCGCUGGUGGCAGCCACGCCAUGAUGGCCUGGACCAGAAUGACUGGGCCAUCGACAAUGUCCUCAUCUCAGGCUCCGCUGACCAGAGGACUGUCAUGCUGGACACCUUCAGCAGUGCCCCCGUGCCCCAGCACGAGCGCUCCCCCGCAGAUGCCGGCCCCGUUGGCAGGAUUGCUUUCGACAUGUUCAUGGAGGACAAAACUUCAGUGAGUGAGCAUUGGCUAUUCCACGAUGACUGCACAGUGGAAAGAUUCUGUGACUCCCCUGAUGGCGUCAUGCUCUGUGGCAGUCACGAUGGACGAGAGGUGUAUGCAGUGACCCACGACCUGACUCCCACUGGAGGGUGGAUUAUGCAAUUCAAGAUCUCUGUUGGAUGCAAAGUGUCUGAAAAAAUUGCCCAGAAUCAAAUUCACGUCCAGUAUUCUACUGACUUUGGUGUGAGCUGGAAUUAUCUGGUCCCCCAGUGCUUGCCUGCCGACCCAAAAUGCUCUGGAACGGUUUCUCAGCCAUCUGUGUUCUUUCCAACUAAAGGGUGGAAAAGGAUCACAUACCCCCUUCCUGAAAGCUUGGUGGGAAACCCUGUAAGAUUUAGGUUCUAUCAAAAGUACUCAGAUGUGCAGUGGGCGAUAGACAAUUUCUACCUGGGCCCUGGAUGCCUGGACAACUGCCGAGGCCAUGGAGACUGCUUAAAGGAACAGUGCAUCUGUGAUCCAGGAUACUCUGGGCCAAACUGCUACUUGACUCACACUCUGAAGACUUUCCUGAAGGAACGCUUCGACAGUGAAGAGAUCAAGCCUGACUUAUGGAUGUCUCUAGAAGGUGGUAAUACCUGCACUGAGUGUGGAAUCCUCGCUGAGAACACUGCCCUCUACUUUGGGGGUUCCACCGUGAGACAAGCCAUUACUCAAGAUUUGGAUCUCAGGGGCGCAAAAUUCCUGCAGUACUGGGGGCGCAUCGGAAGUGAGAACAACAUGACCUCUUGCCAUCGGCCCGUCUGCCGGAAGGAGGGGGUGCUGCUGGACUACUCCACUGACGGAGGAAUUACUUGGACUUUGCUUCAUGAGAUGGAUUUCCAGAAAUACAUUUCUGUUAGACACGACUACAUACUUCUUCCCGAGGAUGCUCUCACCAACACAACUCGACUUCGCUGGUGGCAGCCUUUUGUGAUCAGCAACGGAAUUGUGGUCUCUGGGGUGGAGCGUGCCCAGUGGGCACUAGACAACAUUCUGAUUGGUGGAGCAGAAAUUAAUCCAAGUCAGUUAGUGGACACUUUUGAUGAUGAAGGCAUUUCCCAUGAAGAAAACUGGAGUUUUUAUCCUAAUGCAGUAAGGACAGCAGGCUUCUGUGGCAAUCCAUCCUUCCACCUCUACUGGCCAAAUAAGAAGAAGGACAAGGCUCACAAUGCUCUCUCUUCCCGGGAACUCAUUAUACAGCCAGGAUAUAUGAUGCAAUUUAAAAUCGUGGUGGGCUGUGAAGCCACUUCUUGUGGUGACCUUCAUUCCGUGAUGUUGGAGUAUACUAAGGAUGCAAGGGCCGAUUCCUGGCAGCUUGUGCAGACCCAGUGCCUCCCCUCCUCUUCAAACAGCAUCGGUUGCUCCCCGUUCCAGUUCCAUGAAGCCACCAUCUACAAUGCCGUCAACAGCUCGAGCUGGAAAAGGAUCACCAUCCAGCUGCCUGACCAUGUCUCCUCCAGUGCCACACAGUUCCGCUGGAUCCAGAAGGGAGAAGAAGCUGAGAAGCAAAGCUGGGCCAUCGACCACGUGUACAUCGGAGAGGCUUGCCCCAAGCUCUGCAGUGGGCACGGCUACUGUACCAGUGGCGCUGUCUGCAUCUGCGAUGAAAGCUUCCAAGGUGAUGAUUGUUCUGUUUUCAGUCAUGAUCUUCCUAGUUAUAUUAAAGAUAAUUUUGAGUCAGCAAGAGUCACUGAGGCAAACUGGGAGACCAUUCAAGGUGGCGCGAUAGGAAGUGGCUGUGGGCAGCUGGCACCUUAUGCCCACGGAGACUCACUCUACUUUAAUGGCUGUCAGAUAAGGCAAGCUGCUACCAAACCACUGGAUCUCACUCGAGCAAGCAAAAUUAUGUUUGUGCUGCAAAUUGGGAGCACGUCCCAGACAGACAGCUGCAACAGUGACCUCAGCGGCCCGCACUCGGUGGACAAGGCGGUGCUCCUGCAGUACAGCGUCAACAACGGCAUCACCUGGCACGUCAUCGCUCAGCACCAGCCCAAGGACUUCACGCAAGCGCAGAGAGUGUCCUACAAUGUCCCCCUGGAGGCACGGAUGAAAGGAGUUUUACUGCGCUGGUGGCAACCGCGCCACAACGGGACAGGUCACGAUCAGUGGGCUUUGGACCACGUGGAGGUCGUCCUAGUAAGCACUCGCAAACAAAAUUACAUGAUGAAUUUCUCACGGCAUCAUGGGCCCUGGCACUUCUCCAACAGAAGACGAAGGUCACUUAGGCAAUACCCAUGAAGAAUAAAGCUCGUUUUUCCUUCCAACAUGUGAUGCAUUGCUUCCUAUUCUUUUAAACCUCUCACUGCAUCUGCUAUCAGGAAAUAUCUGUGAAGGACUUGAUGGUUAGUGGAAAGCCCUUCUCCAGACCGAGUGUAUACCACUUUCCCACACUGUGAACUAAUGACAAGUGACUUAUUUGCUCAUAAGUAAAUGUCUUCAUGUUGAUGUGUCUGUGAAAAUUGUGAUCUGUUGUAAUAUCAGUUACAGUGGCAGUGUUAAGAAUAAGAAAUAGUUUAACGGGGAAAAAAAAAUUUAAGCACAAAAAUGUAAGAGACUCUAUGUUUAUAAUGGCAUCUUAGCACAGUAUCUCACAUCUUUGGUCACAAAGCUAUUUAAGUGGACUGUAUUUCAGCUUUGUAUCAUGUUUUAUAUUAUUAAAUUAUCAUUGUUUGUUCUUUAUGUAUUCUCUUCUACGAUAUAACACAUUGAACCUGUACUUACUUGUUAAGUUGCAAUAUUUUGCUGCUGACUUGAUUUUCUUAUAUCCUGCAGUAAGUUCAUUGCAAUACCUAUUCCAGAAGAUAGUUGUAAAGAUAUUGUUAUCUCCUUUAAUAUGAUCCUUAAAAAUGUAUGUUGAUUUAGCAUUGUUUUGUGGAUAAGAAAACUGCUUGCCCUUCAAAUAUUUUCUACUUCAGAAAUGUGGGUGAACACCCUCUCUCCUUUCCACAAAGAAGUUCCCACGACCUUGUUUUAAAGAACUUUUUGAAGUGUUCUGUGGCUGAUUUACUAACAGUAACUGCCAUUUUGUGUCUAUGGUAACGAAGUGAUUUGUAAGAUGGUGGGUGUGUCUUCAUUGUGUUCUCUUCAUGGGUGAUUUUCCUACCUUCUGAGGAAGUGGAACCAACAUCAGCACCAGUAUAUUGGCCCCAGAGCCCAAACUCUCCUAGCAGAACUGAAGGUUCCACUCUUGGGAGAACCAAGCUAAAAGCCCAUGCUUAAAUAAAAGUUAUGUCCAAAACCUA